CGAAGUCCUGAGUUCACUGACUUGGUGCACCUCUGUCGUUCAGUUGUCAAAUGACCAGCAGACACGAGGCAACGGGGCAACAUCAAGACUGUAAAACAGUGAAACUGGUGCCUAAUUCACAUGCCCGGAUUGCGGGUGACACACCUGGAUAGUAGCAAGAAAUAACCGAAAGGCGCGAGGAGUUUCACAAUUUAUACUCCUCGCCAGAUAGGGUUAGGGCGAGCAAAUCCCGGAGGAUAACCUCUGUGGGGCAUGAACAAUGCAAAGGACUGAAGACAAAUACAUAUAAUGUCGGCAGGGACACCUGAAGUACUUUUGCUUCACAGACUUUGAAGCUAGGUCUACCAAGAAUCCUAAGGAAGUAAAGCUCCAUACAUAUGCCUCUUACAUAAUGAAGGAAACAGAACAAAUUCCUGAAACAUUCUGAUUUUGAAAAACUGGAGCAAAGAGCAAUCGGGCAAAUGGCGGUUACACUGGUACAGCUUACGAUCGCUGGGUGGAGCAGCGUGGUAAUGAGAGUAACAACAAAUCUACUAUUACCAAAAUGCAACACCAUUACUGGGUAACAAAACAAACUGUGUUUAGGAAACUGGGAAAGAAGGAAGAUGAUUGUAUUGUGGCGUCUGAUGCAGAAUUGGAUGCAAAAUUGGAGCUCUUCCGUUCAAUUCAAGAUAGUUGCCUGGAUUUGCAACGAAUCAUUGACAAGUAUCAGGAGCGACUAUGCAAUCUAGCACAGGAGGAAAAUGCUAUGGGCAGAUUUUUGAAGGAAUCGGGCAAGAGUGAUAAAACACGUGCUGGAAAGAUGAUGACAGCGGUAGGAAAGUCGUUGUCUUAUUCCGGACAGCAGCGACUGACUUUGAGAGUGCCUCUGCUCCGCCUGUAUCAGGAGGUGGAUACAUUUCGACAUCGUGCUAUCGAAGAUACGUUGCAGAAUGUCAGUAGCAUGGAGAAAGUUCGCACAGAAUACCGUGCCUCGUUAAAUUGGAUGAAGAAUGUUUCACAAGAACUAGACCCUGAUACAUACAAGCAACUGGAACGAUUUAGGAAGGUUCAAGGCCAGGUACGUCGAAGUAAAUCUCGCUUUGACCAGUUGAAGUUGGACUGCCUUCAGAAGGUGGAUCUCUUAGCUGCAGCACGCUGCAAUAUGUUCUCUCAUGCUCUCAUUCUCUACCAGAAUUCACUUCUUCAGUUUGCAGAGAAGACGGCUAGCACCUUUACUACUAUAGCAAACAGCUUUAAGGGUUAUCAGCACUAUGACUUUUGUGUGGUGAAGGAAUUAGCUGAACCAUCUAUGAAACUUGCCGAGCAGCAGCAACAAGAGAAAGGACAGGAAGCUCCAUCUGAGACUGAUAAAGACAAACUGUUAUUUUUUGAUGCUGAGUAUCAUGAUGUAGAAACAGGGACAGAAAGUGCUGAGGCUGUGAAGUCAGAAGAUGCAUCAAGUCUUGAAAAUCUCCUGACAGCACCUGAUCAGCAACCUCAGCUGUCAGACCAGUUACUGGAAUUCAACACAGAUGCUUCUCCAAUACAGCCUGCAAUGGCAGCAACACUCGCAUCUGAGAAAUCUGCUACAACAGGCUUGGAUCUUUUGACGAGCAGUGUCGACGACUUCACAUUGCUGAAUGAGAUCCUGAGCAGUGCAGACACUGCGGGGCAGAGCAUGGGGUUUGGACCUCAGUGGGAAGCAGUGUUUGGUGUGGAAAAUGGCAACACUGAACAAGAGAUAGACUUGGUCCCACAAUGGGCGGCAGUGUUCGGGGGAGGGAAUGACAGCGGUAAUAGUGACCAGAAGACAAUUGCUCAAGACUCAGCUUCCUCAUUCCUCCCUUCACAGCUCUUGGAUCAGUUCACAUCACUGCAUACAGCCCCAAUGUAUGCAGGUACAUCGGGAGAUGGAGCAGAGAGUCCUUUCAUGAUGGGACUAACAGCUACCCCACAACUCCAGCCACAGACGGCUCCAGCAUCAAAGAGCCCUACAAGUACUCCAGCACGUGUCAACAAGGAUAAGGACAAACGCGCUGCCUGGUUUAAUCUCUUUGCCGAUCUAGACCCUCUUGCUGACCCAGAUGCCGUUGGUCGCACUGUACCGGGUGCUGAAGACCGGAACUGCUGAGUUCUAGUUCAUCCGUGCCAAGCCACAAUCAUACAAGAGUAUUCCAGAUGUUAUUUUUUUCGUUUUUGUUACGUGUGUAUAUAUUUGGUCGAGGGAGAUUUGAAUAUUGUACAAUAAAUUGUGCAGGGAAAUGCAUGUGUUCCGUAAGUGGAAUAUUGUGUAUACCAUUUAGUGUGAAAAUUGUUUAUAUUUACCUUUUCAAGCCUACACUUAAGUCAUCACUAAGAUGGAACUCCAAUUUAUACUUGUAUUUUGAACUAGUAUUAACAUGAGGAUUGUUCAGAUGAAACCUGUUUGUGGCAUAUUUAUAGCAGGUGUAUCCAGUUUCAGGCAUUUACAUGAGUGUUGUGCAUGGUAUGUCAGCAUUCAACCAGGCUGGAGGUUGUUGGAACAGCCCUCAUGUAGUCCGGAACUGUUGUGGCAUGAUUUCAUAUGUUUGGCCCCAUCAGAGUUCAGACAGACUGUGCAUGAAGACAUCAAGGCCACAGCAGUGCAGUGGUCCCAGCAGCAGUCCAGGCUUCUUUGCAGGGCCAAACCAUCAUCCAGUAUGUGAACGGGAUGGCUUCUUCAUCGCCGUGGGGAGAAUUCUUAAUGGGCUUUGCUUCCUCACUAGAGGCAUCCAGGAAUGGGUUUCAUUUCAACAACUGGCCUUAUGCAUUUACAUUCCAUUAGUGCAAAAAGUCACUGCACAUUGCUUGCUUUUCUGUAUAAGUUGCAUUUUAUAUGGUUCCUAUGAUAUCAGGCAGUGCAAGAGUGCCAGAGAAGAAUUGUGAACUGAGGAUCUCAGUCUGGGGACUCAUCAGGGAGGAGUUGUUCACUCUGUUAUCAACAGAAACAGAACUUGCGCUACCUGUACACUCUAGUCCAAAAGAAAAGGAAUCUCAACCAGGUUUUGGCAAUGUACUAGUCAUAUGAUUUACUUUGUAAACAGUCAGUUCGGGUGACAGAUUUGUAUUAUUAAUUGUCUGUCUGUGGGAUGAGUUGAGAGAAUUUUAAUCAUUUUGAAAAUAUGACAAGAGACUGAAUGAUUUCAAGUCCCAAUAUUUUUAUGUUGCAAUAACAGUACAAGUGUCAUAGUGUUUGUGGUACAAUGGUUUAUUCUGCCAAAGUUUUGUAUGUUCCUUGAUUUUACAGUUACACUGCACUUAGGUCAUAAAAUAUAAUAUUUUUUAAAAAAUCAACCUAUUACCUUUAUCAAAUGUUAAUAUUAAGUUUAACUUGAAAUUAUUGUGUUUAAUGGAUGAUGGGUAUUUUCAUUUAUGUAAAACUGCCAGCAGCAUCCAAGAAAUAAAGACAACAUGCAUUGGAUACAGA